UCACCCUGGAACAGCUAAGCUGUUGGGGAUGGUGCUGGGCAUCGUGACUGUGACGAUUCAUCCACUUCCCUUGUUUCCUCCAACAGAUAAGCAGAAUACCUGAGUGACAAGAAACUACAAAUUCGUCUUCUAGGCUAUUCUACCAUAUGUCUUGUUGGAAAAAAAUGUAAUCCUUAACAGCACAGUGAUUGAUGGUUCUUAAAUAUCAGAGACACAUUUCGGGGGAGAAAAAUGACAGCUCUCCCUGAAAUUCAUCUGGGUUGACACGUGGAUCAGGUACUUUACUAAGAGUCAUUAAAAUCAUGUGGACAGGGCCCACACGCAGUAUAAUCUGAAUGUCGGGAUCCCAGUUUCCUCACUGCUGAACUCGUUAGGCAGGAUGACUGGGUCCAUAGGCUUCCACUUACUUGGGACAGGUAAAUGGAGAGGCAUUAACCUGAUUCAUUUCCUGAUAGAAACAGCAUAGCCCCGGUCAGCUUUUAAGGAAUCAGGCAGCGAGCAGAGGCCCUUAGAGAUCUGACAGCCCAGCACGGGUGGAUACAUCCUCAGUCCCUGGAACAGGAGUCCCAGUUUGAAGACUAAACAAGAAGGUGAGGCCUGCAACAAGAUACGGAUCAAACUCAGGACCUUGCACUAGUGAAGCAGGCAAGAAAGCCACUCGUUUUUCUUGGUAAUCAAUUGGGGUAAAGCAACCGCAUCCCUCCUUCCUGACCGCUGUCCGAAAACAGAUGACACCAGCCAGACCAAGAUGCUUCUCCCUGCUGCUGCUCCUGCUGCUGGGGCUGUGGGUGGCAGAGAUCCCAGUCAGUGCCAAGCCCAGAAACAUGACCUCAGCUCAGUGGUUUGAGACUCAGCACGUGCAACCCAAACCUCAAGCCUGCAACCCAGCAAUGGACCGCAUCAACAAGUACACAAAGCACUGCAAACCCCUCAACUCCUUCCUGCAUGCAUCCUUCUCCAAUGUGGCUGCCACCUGCCAGACCCCCAGCAUACCCUGCAAGAACGGCCAUAAAAACUGCCAUAAGAGCCCAAAGCUUGUGUCCCUAACCACCUGCAAGCAUGCCUCAGGGAGGUACCCCAACUGCAGGUACAAAGAGAAGCAUCUGAAUGCAUCUGAAUACAUAGUGGCCUGUGACCCUCCCCAGAGCAAGGACUCUGGGAAAUUCCACCUGGUUCCUGUGCACCUGGAAAAAGUCAUUUAGGUUUCCAGGCUCCUUACUCCUUGCUUGAGCCUCAUUCCUCCUCCUGGCUUCUGCAUCCAUCCCUCUUCCUCCACCCACAGCAUACUCUUUCUCUUUUCUCUUGAACCCUUCCUUGUUCAGUUCUUUGGAAAGGCCAGGGCAGAGCUGAUGCUGACAUGGUGGGCUGAGCUCUAGAGAAAAAUAUUGUCUUUCAUCUCUCUCUCUCUUUUUUUUUUUUGCCACACUGGGGAUCGAACUCAGGUCCUCAGGAUCUUGUGGUCGAGAA